AUGAUCAAUAAUUUAUCAACCGAUACGUGGCGUAAUCCAUCUGCGACAUCCAAGAGAAGUUCCGCGGGCCGAUAUGGGAAUACGAGAAGCUGUUCGUCUCCUCCCGCUCCUCUCACUGCCAUCCAUAUAUUCCAAAUAUACCCCGGCAGAAAGCUCACAGUGCAACUUAUCUAUCGACGCAGGAUCGUCACUACGCAAAAACUCCUCAAGGCAGCCGCUGUCCUCUCCGUGCCCAUCUACGCCACGACGCAGAACCGGGCGCGUCUCGGACCCACGUGCGCCGAAAUCGACCUGUCGACGGCCGUCGAGCACGUCGACAAGACGGCGUUCAGCAUGUGGAUCCCUGAGAUCUCGCAGCACUUCUCCUCCAGCCCGCCGUCCGAGAUUGCUAUUGUGGGCAUCGAGACGCACAUCUGUGUCACGCAGACGACGUUGGAUCUGCUGGCGGCGGGGCACAAGGUGUACGUGCUGGCGGACGGGGUCAGUAGCUGUAACAAGGAAGAGAUUGGCGUGGCGCUGGAUAGGCUGAGGGGGGAGGGCGCCGUCAUCACGACGAGCGAGAGUUGGAUUUAUGAGUGUAUGGGCGAUGCGGGGAUUCCGGAGUUUAAGGCGGUUGCUGGGGUCGUGAAGGAAUAUAGUGGAAAGACGAAGGAGGUUGUGGGAGCAUUGCUGGGGAAGAGUAAGAUAUAG